CACCUUGUAGUGAAGGAAGCUAUCAUUUAACAUGCAACAACCAACAGUUCCAACACAAACACACACCUGAUCAACCAUGUCGGAUUCUCCCAAAGAUACUGGGGUGUCGGCAGACUCUACCAAACCCGAAUCUCUAGCUUCGCGCAUGAAGUCAUACGAAUCGCACUUCGACCAUACCCUCCCCCUCGACCAACCCAUCAUCCUCCGUCUAGACGGCCAUGGCUUCUCGCGCUUCACAUCACACUUUGCGCGUCCCUUCGACGAACGCAUACACACUGCGAUGAUAUCAACCUGUGCCGAUCUACUUCACUUCUUUCCCCGCGCUACAGUCGCAUACACGCAGUCCGACGAGAUCACGCUGGUCUUUCCGGAAGGUGUGCAGACUUUCAACGAAAGAGUGCAGAAGCUGUCUAGUCUGAGCGCGAGUUAUUGCUCUGUGCGAUUCAACAAACAUCUCGCGGAGGCGCUGGGGAAAAUGCCGGAGCAGGCAGUCAAGGGCAACGUGGAGAAGGUACUAGGCACAGCGCAUUUCGAUGCGCGUUUCUUCCCGGUUCCUUCUGUAGGAGAGGCUCUCAACAACCUCAUAUGGAGGUGUCGCAAUGAUGCUGUACGGAAUGCUGUUUCUGGUUUUGCUCGGACUAUGUACUCAACUAAGGAGAUGAACGGCAAGAAGACGCGGGAGCUCAUUGAUAUGAUGCUGGAGGAGAAGGGCGUUAGGUUUGAGAAGGCGGUGCCGAAAUGGGCGAUUGAGGGCUGUUUGCUGAAGAGAGAGCAAUAUGAGCACGAGGGGGUAAACCCAAAGACUGGAGAGAACGAGAAGACUUUUCGGACAAGGACGCGAGUAGAGGAGAGGGGUGUGAGGGUAUUUGGAGAUGAGGGAUUAAAGCUAGUGACAGAUAAAUAUUGGUAGAGUAGUUCUGGAGGUAUAUUCGCUCUACAACGUAGCAGCGAGGUUGCGGUCGUCCUAUGUAGAACUCGUUCCACGGCGAGCGCUCAAUCAUCAAUAUGCUAUCUUUUUGCAUACAAGCAGUCCUUCGUAGAAAAAAGAUUGCGCGUACACUCACUACCCCAGUGGAAGUUUGUUCUAGGCGAGGCACAAAUUUCAGCAAAAAAGAAGAUGGGGCCUGACCGGGAUUCGAACCCGGGGCCUCCUGCAGAAUAGGCGAUGUGACAAUGUCAACCCAAAGCAGGAAUCAUACCACUAGACCAUCAGGCCGAUUUUGCUCUGAAGAGCU